AUGCGAGACGGAGAGGAAGAAGCGCAGGAGAACGGCGGAGUUAAGAGACCGAGGCUCACAAGUCUGAUUGAGAAGAGCCGUCGAGACGACGACGGAAUCGUAACCUACGACCGGGGUAACAACGAGAGUGAUACUAAGGAGGGUGAUAAUGACGCAGAUCCAGCCCUGCGAGCGGACAAUGCCAAGGGGGACUCUGACACCCCCAAACCAGAGUUUACAGUAUCGAAGAUGGGGAUAGCGGGUACGACCGAUGACGGUACGGUCGACGUGGAUGAAGAUUCCGAGAAGGUUCCUGCCGCUUCGAUUCUUCCUUCGACAGAUGUGGAUGGAAAGGGAGCAACGAAUCUUGACCGUGCAGCUGCGACUGCUGCUGCUAGCGGAGCAGCGUCAGCUUCUAACGCGGAUAAUUUGGCCGCUACAGUGACAACAUUCGUCAGUACUAGCACUCAGGACAUCAGCUCUCCAGCACGUCAGGACCUUGACGCAUCUGACGGUGUAGGUUCGUCCCGUCAACCGUCCGGUCCCCUUGCAUUCGCCACCGCUUCUCUUACCGCGGACAAACCUCUUCGAGAUGCUGACCAGGAGCUAAUACCGCGUACGAUCGCUCCGCCUGCUGACAUCUCGGCGUCUCCGCCUGCAGUAGCGGCGGGUGAGGGGGACGCGGGAGAGUCCGCGGAAGGGGAGGUGAAGGCGGAAGAUUCGGCGAAAGGGGAAUGGGAGGCGGAGGAAGAGGUGAAGGAGAAGGCUGAAGUGGGUGUUCGGAAGGGGAAGGAGGAGGCGGCGGGUUCUGCUGAAGAGAAGGAGGAGGUGCAGGGAGAGGCGGAAGAGAUGGAGGGGGAGAUGAGGGAAGGUGGAGUUGUGAAGAGAGAGCGCGUGGGGGGCAGUCGCAUUGAAACCGACGGUGUGUUUGGAGGUAAUGCGCAGGGCGAUGCAAAGAGCAGCAAGGCGGAAACGGGUAUCACCCAAGGGGAGGGUAAGGCACACGGAAGACAAAGGAACCAGGAGGUGCAGCAGCAGGGGGAGGAGGAGGAGGAGGAGGAGGAGGAGAAGCUAUCAUCACAGCCGUUGGUGGAGGUGGCAUCUGCAGAAAAGGAGAAGAACGCAGGGCACCAGGAGCACAAGGAGCAGCAGCUUCCUCCAGUGGUGGAGGUGGUAUCUGCAGAUAAGGAGAAGAACGCAGGGCGCCAGCAGCACCAGGAGGAGCAGCAGGAGGAGCAGCAGGAGCAGCUUCCUUCCGUGGUUGAGCUGGUCUCUGCAGGGGGGGAAUCACCCCAGCAGGGACAGUGUGUGGUGUUGCCAGUGGACGCAGUCGUGUGCGUUGAACAACCGCCGCCUGCUCUGGAGUCGACUGGAAAGUCACUGCCUGCUCUGGAGUCGACCGGAAAGUCACUGCCUGCUCUGGAGUUGACCGGAAAGUCACUGCCUGCUCUGGAGUCGACCGAAAAGUCGCCGCCUGCGGAUGCUGUUGCGUGCAUUGAGCUGCCUUCUGUUGAUUCAACGCAGAUUGCACUGCCAGUCGGUGCAGUCGUGUGUGUUGCGCCGCCUGCUCUGAAAGGUUCAACUCAAGAUGUGCUUCCUCUGGACGCAGCCGUGUGUCUUGAAGCGCCUGCACCCGAUUCAACUCAGAAGCCACUGCCACUGGACGCAGUUGUGUGCAUUGAAGCGCCUGCACCCGAUUCAACUCAGAAGCCACUGCCACUGGAUGCUGUCGUUUGCGUUGAGCCGCCUGCCCUGAGCUCAAUGCAAGAUGCGCUUCCACUGGACGCAGUCGUGUGUGUUGAAGCGCCUGAUCUCGUAUGUGGACCGAUUGCCCCUGUUCAGCCUGUUGCACCGUCUCCUUUGGCAGUGCUGCCGGCCUACACGCCUGCUGUGUCGGUGGUAUCUGACGGCGCUGAUUCGCCCCAGCAGACGCUGCUGCCGCCGCCACCGCCAGUGGUUGAGGUGGUUUUGAGUGGUGCUGAUGGGUCAGGUUCGGCUGCUGCUGUGCUGCCGGCCUACACGCCUGCUGUGACGGUGGUAUCUGACGACGCAGCGUCCUCCGAACAGCCUCUGCUGCCGCUGCCUCCAGCAGUCGUUGAGGUGGUUUCGAGUGGGGCGGACGGUGCAGCCUCUGUUGCUGUGCUUACAAGUGAGGCUCUGCUGACUGCCAGUGGGAUCGUCAGUGUUGUGCGCGCUGGCAGUGAGGAGAGGGCAUGCGAGGAGCAGGAAGAGGGGGCAGGCGGUGAGCUGGAGAAGGAGGGGAAGGAGAAGGAGAAGUCAGUGCCUGCUGCUGUGCUUCAUCCGGGGGAGGCUCUGCGGACUGUCAGUGGGAUCGUCAGUGUUGUGCGUGCUGGCAGUGAGGAGAGGAUCGGCGCGGAGCAGAAAGAGCUGGAGAGGAGUAGGAAUGCGGAGCAUGCGAAGGCAGUGAGUAGGACGGUGGAGGAGGGGGGAAAUAUGCAGGAGAAACAGGAGGAUGAAAGUGGGCACAGAGGCGCGAUUGCUGAGAAGGAGACGAAUGGAGCGGGGCAGGCGAAGCGGGCACAGGAGGAGCAGGCACUACCUUUGAAAGAGGGAGCCUCGGGCCGGGAGGAUGCUGAGGGGGAGAAGGAGAAGGAGAAGGAGAAGGAGAAGGAGAAGGAGAAGGAGAAAGAGCAAUUGAAGGAGGCGAAGGAAAAGGAGGAGGGGAAGGAGAAGGGGAAGAAUACGAGGGGGGUAGAGGGUGGCAAUGGCAAGGGGGAGUUGUUGGAAUGUAGCAAGGGAGAGAAUGAGGCACUUGAGUUGACUCAAGCGGAUGGUGAGGAGGUGGAGGAGAAGGGUGGCGACGGGACGAGCGAUGAGGGAGUGGUGGUGGGGAAUAGGAAGGGUGGGGAAGAGAGGGAUGAGAAGAUUGUUGAGAGCAAAAGCAAGAGGGCAGCUGGGGGUGAUGGGAGUGGUGAGAAUGAAGACUUAGGUGAGAAUGAAGACGUAGGUGAGAAGGACGAGAGAGGUGUACUAGAUGAGGCUGCGAGCGAUGAGGUGAGGGAAUUAGGGAAAGAGGAGGGAGGAUUAAGGAAGCAGGAUGGUACCAUUGAGGAUACGGAAGGGAUGGAGGUAGAUGAUAAGAGGGGCGAGGAGAAGGGAGAGGAGAAGGGUGAGGAGAAGGGAGAGGAGAGUGGGGGUAGAGAGGAGAUGGAGGAAGAGAAGGUGGAGAAGCGAGAGGAGGGAGGGAAGGAGAAGGGAGAGGGGAAAGGGAAUGAGGAGAAGGGAGUGGAGGGAGAGGAGAGAGGAAAGGAGGAGAAGAGAGGAGAGGGAAGGGAGUCGAUGGAAGGGAAUGCGGGUGUUGCUGAGGGGGAUGGUGUUGCGAGUGGCAAUGCCGAUGCCUCACAGUUAGGCCCCAGUGAUGAGGGGGACGAUGCAAUGAUGAUUGAUGAGAAGAGAGGAGAGCAGAGGCACGUGGCAGAAGGGAGAGGAGAGAGGGGAAGGCGAGAAGAUGCGGAGGAGGAAGGGAGCAAGAAGGGCGAAGGCGAGGGUGGUAGAGGGAGUCAGCAGGUGAGUUUGGCUUCGACCGAAGAAGGGAAGGAGCCUGAAGGAGUGGGUUUCGCUGCAGCGACGGAUAGCCCUAUAGUUCCCACUCCAACUGAUGCAGAUGCUCCUGCUGCUCCUGCUGCUCCUGCUCCUGCUGCUGCUGCUGCUGCUGCUGCGGAUUCUCCUGCGGAAGCAGCUUCUGCAGCAGCAGCUUUUCCUGGUGCGGCAGGUCCAGCUACAGAGGGUGUGGGGGGGGUGGUUACAAAGAGGAACGAGGGGAGGAAGAUGCGGGAGUGGGACGAGCGGAUGCAUGCAUGGGAUGGCAUCAUGCGCGCAUGGCAUGGGCGCAUGGUGGCGUGGACUGGGGUCAUGGAUGCUUGGAGGGUGCACAGACGAGAGCAGAGGAGGAAGCAGAGACGGGAACAGAGGCGCACACAGAAGCAGAAGCGGAAGGAAGAGCAGAAGGAAGAGCAGAAGGAAGAGCAGACAGGAGAGGAGAUGGUAGAUGACAAGGGGCGUGUUGCGGCCGCUGCUGGAGCCAGCAGCGAUGCUUAUGUUUCUGGGGAUGAUAGUGACUCCAGUGGUAGUGACAGUAGCGAGGAUGAUACUACUGAGGUCUCGCAGCUCGGUGGUAUUGGUAACCCUGUUACGGGUGCCCUGGCUGCUGUCUCUGCUGCAGAGUCCGUAGCAGCUGCAGCAGCAGAAGCAGCAGCAGCAGCCACAGCAGACGCUGCUGCAAUCCUAGGGCCAGCUAAAUUCGCCACAGCCAUAGACGCCGCUGCUACAGCUGCUGCUACAGCCGGCGCUACAUUUGGCGCUACAGCCGGGGCAAGAGCCGCUGCUACAGCCGGCGCUACAGCCGGCAGCGAGUGGCAGUGGGGCAUGCCUGCCGGCCUGCCUCAGCACCUACCGGCUCAGUUCCAGAAGCAACGGCUGGUCGAGUUCUGCAGGCACGCAGCAGAGCAGGAGGAGAAGCUCUGGGUUCCUGCUACAGCUGCUACAGCUGCUGGGGUUGUUGGGGCUGCUGGGGCAGCUGGGGCAGCUGGGGUUGCUGGGGUUGCUGCGGCUGCUGGGCUUGCAGGGGAGGAGAGACCAUCUGGGACGGAGCUAGCGAUAGUGCCUGUGGAAACAGGCUAUGAAGGGAAUGCUGGCUACGAGGGGAAUGAGCUGUAUGAGCGUGCGCUGGUUGCCGCAGGAGGAGUGUAUGGGGCCGGUGACGAGCAGAGAAUAGGGGGUGGAGGUGUGGGGAGGGGAGGGAUGGGGGUGGGGGAGAGUAAAGUAGGGAGCAGUGGUGGGAAGGGGUUGGGCAGGAGCAGGCGCAGGAGCAGAGGGAAGGGUGUGGAGGGGAGUCCUGGGAAGAAGACGAGAGAGGACGCAGAGGCAGGCACACGGGAGGAGCACCUUUACCACUACUAUAACCAGCAGCAGCAAGUGCAGGGUUACAUGGAAUACCAAGGGCAGGAGCCGCAGAAUGGGAGCGCAGCAGCAGCUGCAGCAGCAGCAGCAGCAGCAGCAGCAGCAGCAGCGCAGGGCAGUGGGAGUCACAACUCGGGAGGCCACGGCCGUGGGGACGGGCACAGCAGUGGCGGGGGUGGAGGAGGAGGGGGAGCAGGAGCGGGAGCAGCAACAGCAGGUGGGAAUCACGGCACCAGUGGACGCUCAUGGCAUUUCUCAGGAUACCCUGGCGUGUCUCGAAACGGGCGGAAAUGGUCGGCUAAGGUAUCUAUGAACUCUCAGCAGAGAGCCAGAUACGGGGUGUGCCAGAACAUGCACUGCGGGCAGUGGGAGGAGGUGGAGCAAGCAGCAGCGGCGGCCGAAGCAGCGUGUUUUGUUUUCAAGGGAGGGAAGGGGCGGACGUGGAAGUUUCUUACUGAGCAGCAGAGGGAGGUGUUAGGGGGAAUGGAUCCGGAUGAGGGGAUGUGGCUGAUUAAGGCGAAGAGGUGGAGGGAGUGGAAUGAAUGGCAGCCGAAUAAGACUGGCAGCUCUCAUGGUCCUAUUGCUGCUCCUACAGGUGCUGUUCCUGCUACUGCGGGCAGCAAUGCACCCUUCCCUUGGCUAUCUGUCCCCACGCCAGGGAGUGUGCUCCCACCUGCACAUUCACCUGCUCAUACCCCUGACCCGCACGCUGCUGCUGUUGCCGGUGCCACAGGUGCUGCUACAGCCGCGGGAACCACAGCAGACGGGCAGUCUGCCGCUCCUGCUACAGAAACCACCGCAGCUGCUGCAGCAGCAGCUGCAGCGUUGAACCCGGCGAAUCACGGCCCAAGACCAGCCUCGGGAUACCUCGGAGUGGUGAAGAGCGGUCGAAAGUGGGCCGUGCAACUAUCAAUGAACAUGAAGCAGCGAGCGAGCUACUCUGUAGGCCAUAUUCUCAACUGCGGAGUUUGGGACGACGUGGGGGAGGCAGCAAUCGCAGCAGAGGCGGCUUAUCUAGUGCUGAAAGGGGAGAAGAUCGAGUUUAGAUUGCUGAGUGAAGAGCAGAAGAGGAGGCUGAGGCAGAUGGGACCGGAUGAGGCAGUUAGGAUUAUUAAGGAGAGGAGGUGGAAGGUGUGGAGGGAUUGGCGGGCGGGGAAGGAGGGGGAUGGGACGGGGUGGUUUGUGGGGGAGGAGGGAGGGGAGGAGAGGGGGGAGGGAUGGAAGGUGGGGAUGGGAGAAGGGAGGGGAGAGAGGGGCCGGGAGGAGGAGGAGGAAGGAUGGGAGCGGCAGGAUGGGAUGGAGGAGGAGGAAGGGAGAGGGAGGGGGAGAAGGGGGGGAACGGAGGCUCACGCUUUCCCUGGCCCUGCAGCAGCAGCAGCAAGAGACGACAGGGUCCUUCCAGAGUCGGGUACAGGAAGGGAGAAGCAGCACGGGCAGAAGCAGCAGAUUCAGAACGAGUUUGCGUCAUCCCUGUCGCUAUCCUUGAACGCCUCUCCUCCCAGCGACCAUGUGAGAGGCUCCGGGAGGAUGGCAAAGAGAGAGGAAGAGGAGGAGCGGGAGGAGGAAACUGGGAUGACAGCGCACCGACACAGCACACCGGAGCAGCACAGCUCAGCGCCCAGUCACCGCGAGUCAGCGCUGGGCCAUGCUGACUCAGCGGCUGGUCAGCACGGGGCAGGGCCAGGUCACUCGACCCUGCCGCAACCCCCGGGGGAGGGGUACGCGUCUGGUUACUUUGGCGUGUUUCGUAACGCCAAAAGCACCCCUACGAGCGCAGACGAGAGGGACCUAGCAGAAGGAGAGGAGGGUGAAGCAGGAGGUGGUGCUGCUGGUGGUGGGGGUGGGGGCGGUAACUCAAGCCAUGUCUCCUGGGCGUCGGGGUACUAUGGAGUGGCAAGAAACGGCCGGAAAUGGGCAGCGAAACUUUCGAUGAACGCUGACCAGAGGCAGAGGUACGCGGUAGGAAAAAGCAUCCACUGCGGGCAGUAUGAGGAAGUUUUGGAGGCGGCAGCGGCGGCCGAAGCGGCGAAUUUCGUGUUCAAGGGAGGGAAGGGGCGGACUUUCAAGUUUCUGACUGAGCAGCAGAGGGAGGUGCUAGGGGAAAUGGAUCCGGAUGAAGCGAUGGUGAUGAUUAAGAAUAAGACUUGGAAGGAUUGGAAGGACUGGCGGCCGGGAGGGGUUGUGAGUAAUGUGACACGACUUUCAGAGGAGUGUGCAGUGCAGUCGUCAUAG